CAAACCGGGCGACCGGGUCGAGAUCAGCUCCCACGACCCCGGGUUCCGCGGCUCCUGGUUCGCCGGCACCGUCGUCCGCCGCGAGGCGGAGAACACCAAUCGUUAUGUAGUCGAGUACGACCAGCUAUACUAGGACGAAUCUGGGGAGAAGCUGCUGCAAGAAACCCUCGAUUGGAUCCAAUUGCGUCCGCUGCCGCCGCCUCCCGAGAAGAAGAAGGUCCAGUUCAAGUUUGGCGACGAAGUGGAGGCUUUCCACAGCGACGGCUGGUGGGAAGGGGCUAUUACUGCGGAGCACUCCGGCGGGAAAUUCGUGGUGUUCUUCAGAGGCUCAAAGGAGCAGAUUGUAUUUGA